AUGAUCACAUUGCAAGCAUACAGGGUUAACAUUGGUGUUUUUUAUAGUACAUUCUGUGGAAAAACUUGCAAAGAAAGUAAAAAGAUAUUUGGUACAUCGAUGAUCAAUAAGCAUUUUAAUUCAAUGCAUGCUAAAUGUCUUUUAGGCAUAGCCAUACUCCUCAUAAUUUCAUCAUGUAAUUUAAAUAUAGCAACUUUCCAAUUCCUUUUUCUCGCUCAAGCAGGAGAUAUUGAGAGUAACCCUGGCCCUGGAACAUAUAAUGUUUUAAAAUCUGUCAAAGCAUCUUGCCAUCAAGGUGACAUUAAGUUUGGAAAUUCUGCUGGAUCGCAGUGCUUAUGUAAUUGUCUGUUUGCAAUAUCUUACAGUAUAUAUAGGCGUGUUGCUUUGUGGACCUCAGCUGAUUUAGAUUCUAUACUAAAAAAAGGUGAUAAAAUUUAUUGUGAACAAAAUGUUGUGGGAUCACUUUCUAUUCUUAAUCUCCCAACUCUUAUUAAUUUUGAUGACAAUGACUUUGAUGUACAAAUGUUACACAAUGCAACAGGUUUUCUCCAUAAUUGCAAUGAACGUUUUUUAACUCCAUUAUUUGGAUCUGAUAAUGAUGUGGGUGAUGGAUUCUUGAUUAUUGUAUGUGGGUUCACCGUAUGUGUAGUAUGGACCAAAAAACAUUAUUUUCUUUUUGAUCCACAUUGUCGUAAUUCAAAUGGAUGUAUAUCAGAUGAUGGUACAGGAUCUUGUGUUUUACUCAAAUUUUCUUCCUUAUUCCAGGUUGAAAAGUAUAUAUGUGCAAUAUAUGUGCCCCUGUCCCAAGGAACACCACCACAAUAUGAAUGUCAAUUUAUUAGGGUUUCUAUGUUGACUUCUCAGUCAAGAGAUUCAUUGAAAAGAAAAUCACCUUUCCUUCAGACAAUCCAUGGAACCAAGAGAAAAGCAUUGUAUCAUGAAAAAAUUAAAGACACAUCAAAACAAAAAAAAUCAAAGUGUAUUGCCAAUGCAGUCUACAGAGACAGACUCAAAACCACAAGAAAACAUGAACAUAUAAAAAAAUGCAAAGCCAGUGUGACUUAUCAUAAACGUACUAUAGCAAAAAGCAGUGAGGAUAGGAUCUCUACAUUCAAACGUAAAAUAUCUGAUGGGCCAUUUUAUAUAUGUGUAUGUUGUGAAAGACUACAUUAUAGAGAUUCUGUGGUUUUGUAUGAUGCAAGGCGUUAUUCAAUUGAUGUAGAAUCCUACUGUAUGCUAGUAGAGAGUUAUGAUGCAAAUUAUUAUGUCUGUAAAACAUGUCAUAAAAAACUUUUAAAGGGGGAAACCCCUUGCCAGGCAUCAUGGAAUAAAUUGACAAUUGAUAUACAACCUACACAGUUGUCAUCAUUAAAUAAAUUAGAGAGAAUACUUAUUGCAAAACGAAUGCUUUUCACAAAAGUUAUUAUUAUGCCAAAAGGUCAAAUGGCAAAGAUUAAAGGGGCUGUGUGCAAUGUCCCAAUAAAUGUUAGUGACACUGCCAAAGUAUUACCUAGAGGGGCUGACAGUAAUGGCAUAAUAACUGUUAAAUUAAAACGAAAAUUAUGUUAUCGUGGCCAUGCACAUUUUCAAGCAGUCAGGCCAGAGUAUAUUCAAACAGCACUUGAAUUUCUCAAGUCAAAUAAUCCUCUGUAUAGUGAUGUGAUUAUUUCACUUAAUAAUAUACCAAGUGAUCUAAGCAAUGUAUCAAAUGCUACAAGUGAUGGUGAAUCUUAUGAUGAAAAUAAUGAAAAUAGGGCUAUUGAUGAAGAAUUAGAAGAAAACGAAAACCCACUUAAUGAAAUGCAAGCUGGUUCACCAGAUACUGUGUUAGUGGCCAAUAUACCACAUGUUGUCCAUGAUGAAAGUGUUGUGAUAGCUCCUGGAGAAGGAAUAAAACCUUUAGGAAUGUUAGCUGAUAAACAAUGUGAGGCAUUAUCUUUCCCAUAUCUUUUUCCUAAUGGACAAUUUGGUUACAAUGUAGACAGAGAUGUACCUCUGAGUGCAAGUAAAUACUUUAAUCAACGUCUAUUAAACUAUAAAAGACGAUUUGCCUCUGAUGUAGAUUAUAUAUUUUUUGCACAUUCUCUUCUUCAGCAAAUGCAACUGUCUAGUCAAAUAAAUAUAGCCUUGAAGAAAGUAAAGGGAGAUGGGUUGACUGCUGGAAUGUUGUCCUCCAAUUUCAAGGAAAAUGUUAAUUCAUUCAUUGCAGCAGACGAAGGAUUUCACUUUAUGCAUUCCAUCAAGGGAACACCAGCUUAUUGGAAAAGAUUUCUUCUGGAAAUUUUAGCCAUGGUUAAACAGUUGGGAUUGCCAACAUUUUUUAUGACUCUUUCUUGUGCUGAUUUACGUUGGAAUGAGUUAGUAAAAAUAAUUUUAAAAUUGAGUGGAGGUUCGAUUGCAGAAGAGGACUUAAAAAAUUUAUCCUAUCAUGAACGAUGUGACAUCUUGAAUAUGGACCCAGUGUUUAUGGCAAAACAUUUUCAAUAUCGUGUUGAAGUGUUUUUCAAAGAGAUCAUUAUAAAUGGUCCUUUAGGUAAAGUGGAGUAUUAUGCCAUAAGGUUUGAGUUUCAGUUCAGAGGCAGCCCCCAUAUACAUUCAUUUCUAUGGGUUGUUGGUGCACCAAAAUUGUUUAAAGAGAAUAAGCAGGAAUAUAUUGACUUUGUAGAUGCCAUCAUCAAGGCAGAUAUUCCUACUAUGGAGGAAAAUACUGAAUUACAUCAUCUUGUAAAAACAUUUCAAAUACAUGCACACUCAAAAUCAUGUCGAAAGUACAAAAACAUUCCGUGUAGGUAUUCCUUUGGAAAGUUUUUCACAGCGAAAACUAUUGUUGCCGAACCUUUACCUAUUGACAUCAAUGAACAUCGCAGAUCUGAAAUUCUUGAACACAGAGAAAACUUGUUGGGCAAAGUCAAGUCAUACAUUGAUAAAAAUCUAAAUCCUCUUAAAGUCAAUUUUUUAGACCCUCUAAAGGAAGGCUUUUGCCAAUUAGAUGAUAUACCUACUAUUUUAGCAAAACUUGAUCUAUCUGAGAAUGAAUACUAUAGUGCACUAGCCAUAUCAUCUGAUAAUGACUUUCAGUUGCAUUUGAAACGACCACCAAAUUCAUGUUUUGUCAAUAAUUAUUUUAUUGAAGGUUUAAUGGCUUGGGAAGCUAAUUUGGACAUUCAGCCUGUUUUCAACCAUUAUAAGGCUGUGACUUACAUGUGUGCCUAUUUUUCUAAAUCUGAGGAUGAAACUUCAGAAGCAAUGAAGCAUGCAUCAAGAGAGGCCAAAGAUUUGAAAAAAAGUAAAUUUGAACUUAUGAAGGAUAUUGCUAGAGCCUAUUCAACGAAAAGAGAAUGCUCUGUUCAAGAAGCGGUUUAUCAUAUUAUGCCUGAACUUUGGUUGAGAAAAACAUGUCCAGGUCUUACAUUUGCUAAUAGUAACAUGCCACAGCAUCGAUAUAGAAUUUUUCUUUCUGAAGAUGAAAUUAAAGAAUUGCCUGAAGAUAGCAUUGAUGUGUUCAAGCGUAAUAUGAUCGACAGAUACUUAGAUCGCCCUGAUAAAAAUUUUAGAGGUGGAAAAUACCAGAUUAUUGAUACACUUUGUUAUGCACAGUUUUUAGCUAAUUACUAUGUUAAAUUGAAGCCCAAUGAUGCACAAAAUGAUAAUCAACCUGAGAUUUUAGUCGAUGAAAUAAUGGAGGCAAAUCAUUCAUCUUCUAUGUUACCAAAGACUGUUCUACUUAUGUCAUCUGUGAAAGAAACUUUGACAUGCCGAAAAGUGAAAGCUGUUCUGAGAAUGCAUUGUCCGAAAAUAGAAAAACACCCAGAAGGAUUUGCACAUCAUCAUUUAUUCAUGUAUUAUCCAUUUAGAAGUGAAUGUGAACUAAGAGGGAAAGAGUGUGGUACUUACAUGGAAAAACUGCAUGAACCUGGUGUUUUAGAAAUAAUUAACAGAAACAAACAAGUUAUACAGCCAUAUGGUGAGUUAGUAGAAACAGCUUUGAAUAAUCUCCGUAGUGAUUUACUCCAAAACCCAGAUGCUUUUGCCCAACAUGAAAAUGAUGAGGUAGAACAAAUGUUGGCCGCCACAGAAAUAUUGAGUAAUGUUCAGGAUAAUGUUGAUGAUGAUGAUGAUAUUAAUUCAGUUCAGAUAAACGAGAAUAGAAAUAUGUCAUUAUCAGCAUCUUCUGCUUUCAUGAAUGAUAAUGAAUUGAAUAGUUUAAUACGGUCAUUGAAUAACAUUCAAAGAUUGAUUUUUAAUGUGAUAAAUAAAUGGGCUAGAAAUCUAGUCAAAAACCGUAACGCAUUUAUUCAACAUAAAAACGAACCGCUCCACAUUUUUCUAACAGGCAAAGCUGGUUGUGGAAAAUCACAUUUAAUUAAUACUGUUUAUCAAUCAGUGACAAAAACUAUGAGUUACCAUGGUAAAGAUCCCGAAAAACCUCGUGUUUUACUGUUAGCCCCCACUGGCAUUGCUGCUAUUAAUAUAAAUGGGAAUACGAUUCACUCUGGAUUAAAUAUACCUAUACAUGUAUUUGGUAAAACCGUACCAAGAUUAAGUGAUCAGAAAAGGUCUAUGUUGAGAAAUAAACUUUCAGAACUUCAGUUAAUUAUCAUAGAUGAAGUGUCAAUGGUCUCCAACAUACUUCUGCUUCAUAUACACCAACGUCUUGUAGAAAUAUUUGGCUGUUCAACAAACAAGCCAUUUGCUGGAAUCAGUAUUAUAUUUUCUGGAGAUUUAUAUCAAUUACCACCAAUUAAAGCAGCACCUGUUUACUCGUCAUAUGGUGAAUGA